UGUCUCAUGCUUGUGAAUCAGAGAUGAAUUCUCAGCUAUGCUACAUGCUGUGAUGGUCAUGAAUUCUAACCUCCUAGAACUGAGAACCCCCAGAUUUAAGCUUCGUUUUGUAAGUUGUCUCAGUCACGGUGCUUUGCCACAGCAGUAGAAAGUAAUUAAGACAGCAUUGCAAGAACACCCCAACAUGUCUUGUUAUUUACAAGAAAACUAAAGGUUUUAGAACACACAUGUUAACAGGCAGAAUCCAGUCCAGAGAAAACAGAAACUCAAAGUUGGGAUGGAGAGAUGACCCAGAGGUUUCGAGUGCUUCGAAGUUUUGCAGCGCUCUGGAGUUCAGUUCCCAUUAUUCACAUGGAAGCCAUCAGUCCCCUGUAACUCCAGUUCAUGGUCACUUGAUAUCCUCGUCCAGCCUCAGCAGCUCCUGAAUAUGCGUGAUGAACAUAAACUCACGUAGGUGCACACACAUACACAAAACAAACUCGGUUUUUACAAGAACUGACCGAAGUAAUCAGAAGAUAUUGAGCCUGUCAAAGGAGCUGUGAGUCUGUGGUGACUUUCAAGUGAUAGAUAAUAAAAAAUUGCCAAGUGCUGAUUUGAGAUUGAUAAAUGCUGAAUAAAUCAGUUCUGUUCCAACAAAAAUAGAAAAUGGUCAUUUGCAUGAAAUUUUAUAAGAAAUAAAUAGUUGGAACAUAUAUCUUCACUGGCUGUAGAAAAUAUACACACUUGGCACUUUUAACUUCUAUAUCAUACUUACUGUAAAAUUCACUUGAGCUACUACAACAAAAAGAUUGCUAUAUUUAAAGAAGGAAUUCCUGACUACCCAUUGUUAAAGUCUAGGCUGAGUUUAUCAGCUUGUCAUCCGGUCUGCCCUGUUUGUGCACAUCCUGCCUGAAGGCAGAAGGACCCGGUGGAGCUGGCUUACUCUCUGUCAAGCAUCUAGUGCUUUAAGGUGCUCAUAAAGGAGUGAUUAUAACAUGCUUCUAUUGAGUUAGCCUCUUAGACUCAAUCCAACAGAAACUUGGUUGGGUUUUGUGAAUGAAUAUGAAGAAAAUAGUUAUACUGUAACGUGUGUGUGUCUGCCUGAGAGACACAGGUUCCAAUGGCACCUGCGAGAGUUUCAACAGGAUGCAUGGAAGUUACAUUACCCAACUCACUGAAGCCUUCUUUGUCAUACUCAGCCUUGAAGUCUUUUUCUGCAUUAGAAAUACAUUCAGCAGCCUGAAAGUGUAUCAAAGAAAGACUUGUGCUCAUGCGAAAACUAUUCUAGGGGCAUCUGACUUCAAAGCUUGGGUUUCUGUUACCAGGUGAAUAAAAUCAAACCGCUGCCCGCAAAACGGUCAGCUGAGCACAAAAGCAGAAGUAAUGAAAUAUCAAAACCAAAGAAGAAGUGGGGAAAGCUGGCGAGAACACGCGCAUGGAAGGAUGAAGACAUGCCAAAUUAGCUAAAAACAGAGGCAGUUUGGAGGAGAGUGCCUUCUGAGGGAGCAGCUCAGAUGGUAAUGAGUCUGCAAGACUUAAUGGGAAAAUCCUAGGAUGAUGGAUCCAGCAAUAUAUUUGGGAAGGGACGGGAGAAAUUAUGUCAAAAACUUAUCUCCAAGUUGGUUGAGAGGGGAUAUAAAUGUAGAAUCUGUGAAAGAUAUUUGUUGGCUAAUUUUAAAGACUUUAAUUUUAAACAUUAUAUGUCUCUGUGUAGGUAUGACCACUUCUAUGCAGGUAUCCAUGGAAACCAGAAGGAAGUAUUUGAACCUAUAGCUAACUCUGAAGACAGUUGUCAGCUGCUCAACAUGGGUACUGGGAACCAAACUUGGGUCAAAGCAAGUGCUCUUACCACUAAGCCAUCUUUCCAGCCCCAUAUGUUAGUAAAACAGGAUUUUCCUCUAAGUCAAACUGUUGUCAUCUUUAGGAGUUUGCCUGAACCAGCUUGCCAAAGAUCAGCACAGCUGGGAUUUGUUGACUGUUGGUCUUCCCUCUCGGAAGGAGGGGACCAUAAAGGACCUUCAUCUGAGUAUCCAGCCACCCUUCUCAACCAGCUGUAUGAAAUUCUUCCCUAAUUGCAUAGAGCCUAGACUUCUCUGGGAAGGGCUAAAAAGAUAUAAGUGGGAAAAGAUAAAAGGAGAAAACAUCUACACAGCCAUGGAGGGCUCAUCCAUCACAUAUUCCAGGUGCAGUCCUUCUAGUGUGGCUGCUUUAGAGUCAUCCACAGCCCAUCACCCAUUGUCCUGUAAAUAAGCUUGAUAAACUCAUUGGUUUCCCAGAGUGAAGUUUGGUGGAGUCCACCUUGGUUUGCCAUUGGGACUGUAGGAGGAAACAGAUGUCAUUUACAUCAUUUACAUCUCCCUAAGAGAAGGAAUUAUCUAUGUCUGCCCCCCCCUCUCUCUCUCUCUCUCUGUGUGUGUGUGUGUGUGUGUGUGAGAGAGAGAGAGAGAGAGAGAGAGAGAGAGAGAGAGAGAGAGAGAGCACAUGUGGAAGUCCUACUAUCAAGAGAGUCCUCAGAAUGGAACUCAAGUCAUUAGACUUGGUGUCAAGCACCUUUCCCCACUGAACCAUCUAACAGGAUCUCAGAUCGACUUUUAAAAUGUGAAACCUGACCACUGUAGGUGUAACUUUGCUAGAAACUUCGCUUGUUCAGUACACGUGAGGCCCUGGGUCCAAUCCUCAGUACUUUGUAAACUGGAUUGGGAUAUCGUGGUCUACACCUUCAAUCCCAGCACUCAGGAUUAGAAGGUAGGAGGAUCAGAAUUUCAAGUUCAUCUUCAGCUGCACAAGGAGUUCCAGGUCAGCCUGAGCCACACAAGAGACCUUGUCUAUAAAAAGAUAAAGAAAAGAGGAUGUGACUGUUAAAGAGACAAAGGCCAAUAAAAUGAGGCCAAGGAAUUUUCUUCAGGAGAACAAGAAAGAUACCCAGGGAGAUGAGAACAUCCCAGGGACUGGCUAGACUUCACCCAUCGCAGGUUCAAAUGUGGGAACCUUCUGUGAAGAGGAAGACAGCACUUUGCUUCCCCACAUCUGCCUAGGAAGAAGUUGCUUUACCAGGGUUUUCUUUGCCAUUCUCAACUGCCCAGACAUGGAGAAGCCAGUGUGGCUGUGACCUGGGGGUGAGAGCAGGCUGCUGCCACUGAAUGUGAUGACAGUUCUUGGGAUUAUGUAAAACCAGGGACAUAGAGGCUUUGUCAGAUUUCAAAAGGGAGAUCCAGAAAUGUGCUACAGGAUGUGGGUCCCUCCAGGCUGUCUCUGAGGGUGACGUAUGAAGCUGUGAGGGCAUAGCCUUAACUUCAACAUAGAGCCAGGGAAAUCGGAGAUGGAAGAUCUUAAGGAGAAAGCUGCGGGGGGGGGGGGGCAAGAAAAGCCAGGCCAACAGAAAGAUCCAGUGGGGUGCAAGUGGCAAGGUUACCCAAGCACCCUAGCGGUCACAUUACACCAUAUGGCUUCAGCGUUGGACAUAGAGCUGCAGAAGUGGGCUGAGAAUCACUGGAGAUAAGAAGACCUGUGGACUAAAACUGUGAGUCAGAGAUCUGAGUAACACUUCCACAAGCGAAUGGAAGUACGGAAGCAGAAAGAAAAGAAGCCAAGGUUGCAAGGCCAGAUGCGCAAUGGAAUGGGAGGCUGCCAAGAAGCACGGAGGUUCAUGAGUUAUUACAGGACUAUGAGCUAAAGUAUUGCUAUGUGGACAGGAAUAAACGAACAGCCUUUGUUACCUUGUUGAAUGGGGAGCAAGCACAGAGUGCAAUUCAGAGGUUCCAUCAGUUUUCUUUCCGAGGCAGAGAGCUGACAGUGCAGCUGCAGCCCACAGACGCUCUGUUGUGCAUCACCAACCUGCCCGUCUCGUUCACGUUAGAAGAGUUUGAAGAACUCGUCCGUGCCUAUGGCAAUAUCGAGAGGUGUUUUUUGGUCUACAGUGAAGUGACCGGCCACUCCAAAGGCUAUGGGUUUGUGGAGUACAUGAAGAAGGACUUUGCUGCCAAGGCCAGACUGGAGCUACUGGGCAGGCAGAUGGGAGCCUCGGCCCUCUUCGCACAGUGGAUGGAUGUUAAUCUCUUGGCCUCGGAGCUCAUCCAUUCUAAGUGCCUUUGUAUAGAUAAACUCCCCAGUGACUACAGCGAUUCAGAAGAGCUCUUGCAACUUUUUUCUAGUAUCCAUAAACCUGUGUUUUGCCAGCUUGCACAGGAUGAAGGAAGUCACGGUGGUGGCUUUGCAGUGGUUGAAUAUAGCACAGCGGAGCACGCUGAGGAGGUCCAGCAGGUGGCAGAUGGCAUCACCAUCAAGGGGAGCCAAGUUCAACUGUCCUUCUGUGCCCCAGGAGCACCAGGGCGAAGCACUCUCGCAGCCCUCAUAGCGGCUCAGCGCGCGAUGCACAGUAAUCAAAAGGGAUUACUGCCAGAACCCAAUCCGGUACAGAUUAUGAAAAGUUUAAACAAUCCUGCCAUGCUACAAGUUCUUCUGCAGCCCCAGCUCUGUGGACGGGCCGUGAAGCCAGUUCUCGGAGUCACACCCAGCCUAUCUCAUCUGCUGAGUCCGUCCCUCCCCUCCGCGCUCUUACACUUCAGUAAAGCACAGCAGAGCUCAGCUGUGGGUAACACAUCAUCCUUACUCCUUCAGAAUCUUUCUCCCUUACCUUUGAUACAGCAACCGUUGAUGAAGUUUGACAACGCCCACACUAAUAAUAAGCCUGGCUUGCUGGGAGAGCCUCCCGCCAUGGUGCUGCAGCCUGCUCUGGCAAUAGGGCCACCACUUCCACUGAAAACGGACCUGGGACAUCAUGGAGAAGCACACAAAACGUCUAAUCUGAUUGCAAGUCAGACGACACUGGCAGCUGGACUGGGCGUGUUGCCAUUCUUCCCACACCAGCUCACUGCUGGGCAAGCCGGGCCGGGGCGUGGGACCACUCAGGAGACGCAGUCAGCCCCGGUGAGCAGCAGCGAAGCUAGUUUCUCAGGGUCACAGCAUUAUCUGCAGACCUUCCCAGGCCUUCCUGGUGGAGGUCCACUGACGGGCAACCAGAAGACCCUGCAAGGCCAGCCGAAAGGCGCGGAGGCAGCCUCUAAGAAUCAGACUUCACUCUUGGGAGAACCACCAAAAGAAAUCCGGCUCAGUAAAAAUCCAUAUUUGAAUUUGGCAAGUGUGUUGCCCAGUGUUUGCCUAUCCACUGCAGGCAAAGGCACGCCACCAAAGACUGGAAUUGCGAGCAACAUUCUGGAUGUGAUCUCUCAGGGAAGUGAGUCCCAGCAUGCACUGGAGAAGUGCAUUGCCUAUUCUCCAUCUUUCGAGGAUUUUGCCCAGGUGUCCUCCUUGAGGAAUGAGAAGCGAGGCUCCUCCUAUCUCAUCUCUGCCCCAGAAGGAGGCCCGGUAGAACUCGCUGGCCAGCACCCUCAGGACACGGGAGUGAGCUACACAGAGACCUACUUGAAGAAGAAGCGUGUGUACUAAGCCUGGUGUCUCCUGCCCGCCGCUGCGGUCCCCUGCAGCGCCUGCUGCUCCUCGCUGCCUUAACUCCAUUCACACUAGCCAUAUCCUUGAUACGGGUGUCUGACUUCCCAGGAGGAACUGACUGCAGCAGGCAGAUCAGCCAAAUACCCAACUAGCAAUAAGAAACAUCACCGGCCGAGGGCAUUUCCCACUAGCGCUAGACGUGUCUUAAUCCAUGUGGUAAGGACUCCUCCGCCCACUGGAGAAUCUGCAUUCCAACAGUCCUUGUUUCGGGCCUGGGAACAAUUUUGACAUCAUAUAUAAAGUCUGAAGCAAUAAACGGGAAACCGUUUCGUUUCCUUAGCCUUAGAAUGAAUUUCUUGUAAGCCAAUGUGCAUUCACCUUCCUCUCCCCACUAAGAAUCGUCUCCUCUGCAGCCUUUCCUCAGACUGCAAGGGUGGCCAUACCACCCAAUGGCCACAGUAGACUCUCAUCUUGCAGACUCCAUUAGCUCCACAAAGCCACACCAUACCAACCCAGUGGCAGAGGGGCAGUGAUGUCACUUCAGAUCCUUCACUUCUGAGGCAGCAUCUACCAUAUAUACCUUUUGUGGAAAACAGAGUAUUUCAGGAAAAGUAACUUUUGUAUAUAAUACAAGAGUUAGUGGAGUACACACUAGGGCCACCUAGCUUUGUGCUGCCUGAAAUGUCCGGGGGUAGGGGACGACUUACAACAUGAAACUGCAAUUUCAGUGUCCCCAAGAUGUCAUUUGGAACCCAUUGAGGCUUGCUCAUUUAUACAUUAUGUAGUUACUUUUGUAUCACAAUCGGAACUAAGUAGCCCCAGGAGAAAACCACAGAGCCUGCAAAGGCAGGGACAUUUACUCUUUUCCUUCAUGUGUAAGAUUUGCUAGCCUGUCUCCCAAUUCCUUUUAUCUUACGCAAGACAUGAGCAUGGAGAGGAGCCAAGGUUUUUCUGCCGUGUCACGGCAUACAGCAAUGAAGGUCUUGUCAGCAGACAAGGCCGAGCCCCGGCAGAGCAGUGCACACAGCCGUUCCUGAGGGAGGCUGUGGACAGCGUGGGGCAGUUCUGAGCUAACAGGCUCUACCUCACUCUGGUUUAUUACUCAUUCUUUGGUAGUUGUUAAGCUGAAAGGUAAUGGCCAUUUAAUCCAAUUCACUUCUGAAAGAACGUUUGUCUUUAUUAAUGUGACUUUUGGUGAAGAUCUUGGUAUUAAUACCAAGUGAGAAACCUUUUUCCAUCUAGAAAUUUCUAUUUGUUCACUGUUAAGAGACUAUACCUGAUAAAGUGUGGGAUCUCAAUGAUCCUAGUUUAUAGGAUCGGAUCAUUAAAAUACCUUAUUUGGAGGACUUAUCAUUUUUGACUGAUAUAGCUCUCCAGCAUUAAUUAUAAAGACUAAAACUGGUACAUAUGUUAUAAUGCUUUAUAAAGAAUUUUACCUGGUCUAAUUUAUUGCAUAUAUCAGCUUUCAUUGAAAAAUUACAGCCAAAAAAAUGUAACUAGGACAGUCCUAGGCAAGGGCCCCAGCAGACAGCUAAUGGCGUCUCCUCCUCCGGUACCUCCUUCCCCGCCUCUCGCUGCAGCCUGAGGAAGCAGUGCAGAGAACUUAAGAGACACUUUGCAUUACGUGUGGGUCCUCCACCGUGCCAGCCCACGCCCACUAUUAUUAGGCAGAAGUGGAAGUCAAGUGGUGUUAGUACGAGGUCACUACAACCAACCCCCACAAGUCUAUGCUGUUAUUUUUCUGUGUCAGCUAAUGGUUUCAAAUGCUUCUCAAGAUGCAAGCUUAAUAUUAAAAGGCAUAUGCAUGUGAAGUCUUUAGUACGUUUAUUGUAUAAAGAAUAAACAAAGUGCAUAUAGAGCGGGCCACAGGUUUGAAGUAAACAGGGACUACGGUAAUGUACAGCAACUAAACAAAUUUAAACCGCAAGAGCACUGUUGGUACUAACUUGAUCCUGAAUUCUUUAGGGGGUGGGGCUCAAAAGGUGAAAAAAAUAUCAAACAAGUAUUAAACAGCAUUAUUAAUAAGUUUGCCAGACUCCUGGUCAUGAAUAACUUUGUGGUUCGCAUUGAAUCCUGAACUGAACAUUGUUGACUACCUAGCUACCUCCAAGUAAACUGAGAACUACCUAGCAAACUCUGAACUUCAGUCCGGUGGGCCGAGCUGGGUCUUCCUUUUUGUAGUUUUGCAGUAUAGGGUGGUGAUAUCUCCUGUUUGCAAAACUGUUGGCAGCUUGCCCCCAGGGGAUCGUUAGGAAGGAGUAAGCACUAAUAUUCUCAACGGCAGAAGUGACAGCAUCCAGAGGAAUCUGUCUGCUGGAAGGCAGGCUGUGCAUGAGAACACAGUCGCGGUCUGGUUCUCGUGAAGUAGCAUGCAGAGUGUAUGUGCCAGGCUCCUCCUGCCGCACAGGUCUGUCCCACAGUGGGAACCAGUGCUUAGCCAAGAGAACAGCAGCUGUGCCACUGCACGCACAGCUUAAAACUGCGGUCCUACUAGGGAGCAGGGAUAGACUUUCUUUACUAGAAACAAUAGUAUACUAAGUGGCAUCUGCUUGUACUAUCACUGUAUAGACAUUGAGAUUUCAGGGCAAGAGAGAGUUUCAGCCAAGUCCACACUUUUUCUCUAAGAUCACAUCCCAGCAGCACGGUGCCAGACGUCCUUUGCUACACAACUGAUAGUUCCAACUGUUCCAAAACGAGUGGCUUCGGCACAUUCUAGUAUUUUGGUGGUCGUUAUUCAUCACUAAAUUUAAGAUGUUACAACUUUAAAGAGAAAGUUUCACACACUGAGUGACCAUGUGACAUAUACAUGUAUAUAUGUAACUCGAGUAUUUGUUGAUCAACUUUAGAGGCAAAAUACAAACUUUUUCACUUAAAAAACGUUUUUAAAUGGCUUGGGAGAGAAGGACUUGAUAAAUGGGAAUUUAAAUGUUCAUGCUUCUUAUUUUAAAAGUGCUUCAAAUCCUUCAAUAAGGUUCUGAAAGGUUGUCCGAUUAGAUGGUUGGAAUUCCCAGCAUUUUCUCAUAAGCUGAUAAACCUAUGAAAAAUAAAAGAACAGUAUGAAUAAUGUCAGAUUUGUGAGAUUCUAAAACAUGAGAGGCCGCAAAGCUGGCUGUGUGGAUGAAGUACUUGCCCCACAAGAGUAACUGAAGUUCAGAGCCAUGACACACAUUUCAAACAUACGUGUGCAGCAGCUGCAAGGCAAACUGGCCAGACUAGCAGAGUCAGGAGGGCUAACUUCAAGAACAAAACCAGACCAACCAAGGAGACACUACAUCAACCUCUGGCAUCCAGAAGCAUCCACACCUUCAAAACCACGGAAUUAUCAACAAUAAGUUGGAAACUGUCUUUCCUUAAUAGGAAUAACUUAAAAUACAGAAAUAAUAGUUCAUAAAUGGUAUUAACAUUUGUUUAACUCACAGGUUAAUCAAGCUCACUACCCCCUUCACCAUCACGGCAGCUCACUCUGACCAGACAAUUCUGAACAUCUAAAGAGCCCAGUGCUGAAAGGCUUGAUCCAGCUUAGAAUCUAGAACACUGAAAAUGCUAGUGAGUGGGAUAAAUUUAUCUGAGCAAUGGCAUGAGCCCUUCUGGGAAGGCAACCAGGCAUGGUAUGGAGGCCUCAGCUCCCUGAGAGGAGCCUUGCUUGAGCAUCAGUAUCAGCCCCAACAAGGGGGAUGGAUGUCUUCUCAGUGUGGAUGCUGUAAACGGAGCCUAGGUCCUCUGAAAGCAUUUCACAUACUCUUCACCAGGGGCCAACUCUAGCCAGUGCAGGGUCUUCUGUCCUCUUUCUUCCCUCCCCUCCCCUGCGGGCUAAGUCAGGCUAUAAAAACAUUAGAAAGGAAGUUUCCUUCCCAGGAAGGGGACACAGCUACCUCAUCGGGACAGUUGGGUGGACAGGACAGGCGCUUUCCUUCUUUCAGAGUAUUCACAAGCCGUGUUACUGUCAUCUGGCCAUGAGUUGGGCCUAUCAUUUUCAGGAACAACUAUGUAAAAUAAAACCAAAAACAAAGGUGAGGUGAAGCUUCCACGUGUAAGUAGAACUUAAAGCAACAAAGCCUUUUUCUUUCAUAACUGCAAGUGAAAAUCUAAAACCCUUAUUUGCACUCUCGAGGACUGAUCCAUAAAAUCAACAUCUGAGGGGACCAACCACAGCUUUCAGUCAUAUGGAAACAAAGCCCCUACCCAAUGGUCAAAGCUCAUCAUCCUCUCUUGAGAUGACCCUCACCAUAAAAACCUGGGUCAUCUUAUUGAAUUCUUCACUUGUGAAGGCAAACUUUGCCAGACCGUGCCAAGUAGCACGCUGUAACCCUCUCCACAUGGCACACUGACCAGACUCCAUUUAAGAGGUAGCAGUUAACACUUACGGCCAUGGGACUAAAAUCUGAGUCACAGUACGUGAGCAACUCGUGCAGUGUCACUCCAAAAGACCAGACAUCAGAGGCGAUAUAAAAUUUACACUGGAUUAAACACUCCGGAGCGUACC